AUGCCAGGCAUCGUGGCAUGCCGGUUAGGUAGGCCGAACCCUAGGGCAUCUGAGCGACUCAUUGUAACGCAGUCCUGGAAUAUCCAGCGAUACUCGAUUCAUACCACUGCAAACUACACGACCUGCGCGCGAAGGACCUCGUCUGUUCUCGAUGAUGUUCUUAAUCUCGCAGUACUGCCCUUGUUGGGGAUGGUCAACGAGGAGUUCAGAAUCUGCCGGGCGCAGGAAUCGCCUGGAAACACGCUUUACGUCCGAGAUGCCGUGUGGACAUGCCCGUGUAACACGACACCGUCGCUGGGCCAGGUGCCUCUUCGUCUGAUGAUAUGCAUACAGAAAGUGCAAUACGAAAGCGCAAGUACGAUGAUGUAUGCGACUACCCAAGGCCAACCGCCGGAUCGCACCGUCUUGCGCGACACUCUCUCCACCGGAGCUCUCACGAUCAAGUCUAUUGGGCAGGACGUGGUCAGAACUCCGAAGCUUCUCUCGUCUCCGACGCUGACUGACCGCGAGUUGGCUCGCUGGCUGGCUGGCCGACUGGUUGAAUGA